GCCCCUCUCCCGAGAGCUACGCGGCGGCAGAGCGGAGGCCUCGUGCCGUAACGGCCAUCGCGGCGGCCGCGGCGGCGUCCCGGUGCCCUCCUGAGGUGAGCUGGGGCCGCACGGACCCAGCAGAGGGAAGUGCUGAAGCUGCUGAAAGAUGGCAGAAGAAGUGGUGGUAAUAGCCAAAUUUGAUUAUGUGGCCCAACAAGAACAAGAGCUGGACAUUAAGAAGAAUGAGAGAUUAUGGCUUCUGGAUGACUCUAAAUCCUGGUGGCGAGUUCGAAACUCCAUGAAUAAAACGGGUUUUGUGCCUUCUAACUAUGUGGAAAGGAAAAACAGUGCUCGGAAAGCAUCUAUUGUAAAAAACCUAAAGGAUACCUUAGGCAUUGGAAAAGUGAAAAGAAAACCUAGUGUGCCAGAUUCUGCAUCUCCUGCUGAUGAAAGCUUUGUUGACCCAGGGGAACGCCUCUAUGACCUCAAUAUGCCUGCUUAUGUGAAAUUUAACUACAUGGCAGAGAGAGAAGAUGAAUUAUCAUUGAUAAAAGGGACAAAGGUUAUUGUCAUGGAGAAAUGCAGUGAUGGGUGGUGGCGGGGUAGCUACAAUGGACAAGUUGGAUGGUUCCCUUCAAACUAUGUAACUGAGGAAGGCGACAGUCCUUUGGGUGACCAUGUGGGUUCCCUGUCAGAGAAAUUAGCAGCAGUUGUCAAUAACCUAAAUACUGGGCAAGUGUUGCAUGUGGUACAGGCUCUUUACCCAUUCAGUUCGUCCAAUGAUGAAGAACUUAAUUUUGAGAAAGGAGAUGUAAUGGAUGUUAUUGAAAAACCUGAAAAUGACCCUGAAUGGUGGAAAUGCAGGAAGAUCAAUGGAAUGGUUGGUCUGGUGCCAAAAAACUAUGUUACCAUUAUGCAGAAUAAUCCAUUAACCUCAGGUUUGGAACCAUCACCUCCGCAAUGUGAUUACAUUAGGCCUUCACUCACUGGAAAAUUUGCUGGCAAUCCAUGGUAUUAUGGGAAGGUCACCAGGCAUCAAGCAGAAAUGGCAUUAAAUGAAAGAGGGCAUGAAGGUGAUUUCCUCAUUCGUGAUAGUGAAUCUUCGCCAAAUGAUUUCUCUGUAUCACUAAAAGCACAAGGGAAAAACAAGCAUUUUAAAGUUCAACUAAAAGAGACUGUCUACUGUAUUGGGCAGCGUAAAUUCAGCACCAUGGAAGAACUUGUAGAACAUUACAAAAAGGCACCAAUUUUUACAAGUGAACAAGGAGAAAAACUGUAUCUUAUCAAGCAUUUGUCAUGAUAAUACUGACCAGAAGUGACUGCUACACGGCUAUAAUUCGUCACGUAAUUGAAGACUGAGAAAAUGUCAGUCCAGUCAUGCUUGAUUGGAAAUUGCUUUCUAACUCUACAUGAGAAUGACUGUAAUACAUAAGUAUUUUUAUUAUAACUCAGCCCAUACAUAUAUACUACAUAUGCAAAGCAUCUGCACAAAGCAAUUCCUUAUCCUUGGUCUUCAUUUUUAUUGUUUUCUUUGCUGUUUUUCUUUUUGCUUCUAAUAUUAAGGUUUUAUAUUUUGAGAAAAUGAUGCAGAUCAGAAGUCUUUAUAUGGAAGAAUUUAUUGGUUUUUUUUUUUUUCCUUUAUUUCCCUGUAAGGGACCAUGUUAGUCAUUUCCGCAGUGGUUUCUCUUCAUGUAAAAUUAUUAUAUCAUUAUAUGGCAUAUGCUAAAAUAAAUUUCAUGGAGAAUGUUGAUCUUUUCUGUGACUAAAUAGCAAUAAUAAAUGGAAAAUUAGAAAUUAUUUUCAGGUAUUUGUUGUAAGCCAUUGUAAAUAUCAAGUAUGUUGUGUCUCCCAUUUUAAAAAAAUUAUUGUCUUCAUUGUAAAGCAAAACAAAUGGGAUAUAGGUUAGAAAAUAUGUCUUGUAUACUUUUAAUUUACAGCUAUUGGAAACAAAAAUCUCUGAAUAUCUAAGAUUUUUUGAGGGGAUGCUUCUUUCUUAACUGGUUAUUC